UUGGAUUCUGGAGCAUGGAGGGGGGGAAGGGAGGGAGUUCAGGUGCAGCCACGGCAGUGAGGGCAGCAGCAGCAGCAGCAGUAGCAGCGACAGCAGCUACAGCAACAUUUGGGGUUAUGGCGGAAGCAGCAGCCUCAUCAGUGCUUCCAAGGGUAUGCAUCGUGGGCCCGCCAGCAGCAGCAGUGCUACCACCAGUGGCAGCAGCAGCGGCAGCAGCAGCAAGUGUGGUGGUGGUGAUAGCAAUGGCAACAGCAGCACUAUUCACGAUCGAUCUCAAAUCUGGAUACCACCACAUCGACAUUCACCCCGCUUUUUGGCGGUUUCUCGGAUUCUCCCUGCAAGGGCAGGACUACCAAUUCCUCUCUUUGCCUUUCGGGCUGGCUACAGCGCCAUUUGUGUUUACCCAGUUAAUUAAGCAACUCUCUAAACGCUGGCGUCGCCACGACAUCCGCCUUAUUCCAUACAUCAAUGAUAUCCUAUUCAUCAGUGCCACUGGAGCGGAGGCUCUUCACAACCGCUCCAUAAUCAUCGCCGACCUCGCAGCCGCGCGCUUUGUUGUGAAUUUCAAAAAAUCACAACUCGCGCCAUCACAAUCUUUGAAGUUCUUGGGCCUCUUGCUAGACACGCGCACCACCACAUUCUCUUGACCGUCAUGCCUUUAGCGGUGCU